AUGACCUCCCUCCACGCCCUCCUUCUCCUCUCAGACUCCGCCCUUCCGCUAGGAUCCUUCGCCUUCUCCUCAGGACUAGAGUCCUUUCUAGCACACAACAAUCACAGCUCCCUCCACUCCAACACGAUCCUCAAAACUACCGCAUUCUCCCAGUUCCUCACAGAAUCAAUCUCAAACAUCACCACGACUAGUUUGCCAUAUGUACUGGCCGCCUAUCAUAAUACUACGACCCUCCAGGAACUGGACAAUGAUCUCGAUGCAAGUUCUCCAUGUACCGUGGCUCGACGAGCAAGUAUCACGCAAGGGAGAGCAUUACUUGCGAUUUGGGAACGAGCACUUUCUCCUGCCGCCUUGCAAGGAAAAGGGGUUAAUAUUACAGAAUUCGCAAACUCGAUGAAAACUCCUAUCAAAGAUCGAUUUGGAAUGCUGCCCCAAGCGCAUUUUGCUCCACUUUUCGGCGCUGUGUGUGCGGCGCUAGGUCUCGCAGAACAUGAAACUUGCUAUCUAUUCUUGCUCAACCAUGCGAAGACGGUUUUGAGUGCGGGAGUAAGAGCGAGUGUUAUGGGCCCGUAUYAGAGUCAGGCUAUGCUUGCUAGUGCGGAGUUGAAGGGGUGUAUUUGUCUUUGUAUUGAGCAGGAAUUGGAGCGAGGAGAGGCAGUGUAUGCGGUGGAUGGAGCAGCUGUUACGGUUCCGAUGAUGGACCUUUGGAUGGGGAGACACGAGCUGUUGUAUUCGAGAAUCUUCAAUUCAUGA